AUCCACAGCGUCAUCUAGCGUGUGGAGCAGGAACCAAUACAACUAAAAUCAGAAGAGAUUUGCUACUCUAUGUAUUACCUUAACGAUUAAUGGACAUGGUUUCUUUACGUAUCGGUCUUUCCUCGUUGUCGUGUGGUGUGUUUAAGAAUGAAGCAGAUAGUUACAAACCAAACGGUUAAAAUCCCAGAGGGAUUGACUGUUACAGUCAAAUCACGUCUGGUGACUGUUAAAGGACCGAGAGGUGUUUUGAAACGAUCAUUCAAACAUCUUGCACUUGAUAUUCGUAUGGUCAGCCCAAGGUUAUUGAAGGUAGAGAAAUGGUUUGGCACUAAAAAGGAAUUAGCUGCUGUUCGUACCGUGUGCUCUCACAUUGAGAACAUGCUCAAAGGUGUCACAAAAGGAUAUCAGUAUAAGAUGCGAGCUGUUUAUGCCCAUUUCCCUAUUAACUGUGUAACUACAGAGAAUAACACAGUUAUAGAAAUUCGCAACUUCUUGGGCGAGAAGUAUAUAAGACGUGUUAAAAUGGCACCCGGAGUAACUGUGGUGAAUUCCGGCAAACAAAAGGAUGAACUGAUUAUUGAAGGAAAUUCUUUAGAAGAUGUAUCACGUUCAGCCGCUCUUAUUCAACAAUCAACAACGGUUAAAAACAAGGAUAUUAGAAAGUUCUUGGAUGGGCUUUAUGUAUCUGAGAAAACAACGGUUGUACAAGAUGACGAAUAAAUUCCCCAAAUAUUAAUUUUAUAUUAA